CAAAAAUAACCCCACCACGAGCUUCAACAUCGAAUACAGCUAAGAGAUUCUCUAAAUUGCUGAAAAACGACAUAAGAAAUACCGAACGAAGCCGAUUAACGAUCUUACACCAAUUGACAUCAUGUCCGACCCUGUCGCUGAGGUCACCGAGGGCACUGUCAAGCUCGUGCUUGACGAGGUGACGGGAGAGCAGGUCACGCGCAACGAGUUGAAGAAGCGCACUCAAAAGCGAGCCAAGAAGGCUGCUGCCCAGGCCUCGCGAGAGGAGAAAGCGAAGAACAAGGAGGCUAACCCUAAGCCUGCUGCGCCUAAGCCUAAGGUCCAGGAACCUACCCAGCUCGACCCCGACGCUAUGUUCAAGCAGGGCUUCCUCGCCGACGUUUACAAGGAGCGACCUGUGAAGCCUGUAGUUACUCGAUUCCCUCCCGAGCCGAACGGAUAUCUUCAUUUGGGUCACGCUAAGGCUAUUGCCAUUGACUUUGGCUUUGCUCGCUAUCAUGGUGGCAAGACGAUUCUUCGAUUCGACGACACGAACCCCGACGAAGAGGAGGAAGUUUACUUUGAAUGGAUCCUUAAGAUUAUCAGAUGGCUUGGCUUUGAGCCCAGUGCCAUCACCCACUCAAGCGACAACUUCCAGAAGCUCUUCGAUCUCGCCAAGGAGCUCAUCAAGAAGGAGAAGGCCUACGUCUGCCAUUGUAACGAGGCCGAGAUUAAGCUCCAGCGCGGUGGAAAGGAAGGAAAGGAGGGUCCCCGUUAUCGAUGCAAGCAUGCCGAACAGGAUGUCGAGACAAAUCUCCAGAAGUUCCAGGACAUGCAUGAUGGAAAAUACGAGCCUCAGACCGCUUUCCUCCGCAUGAAGCAGGACAUCACAAGCGGAAACCCCCAGAUGUGGGAUCUUGCAGCCUACAGAAUACCCAAGAAGCAGAAGCCUCACCACCGAGCUCCCGAGUGGAAGAUCUUCCCUACCUACGAUUUCACACACUGCCUUUGCGAUAGCUUCGAGGGUAUUACUCACAGUCUGUGCACGACCGAGUUCAUUCUGUCCCGUGAAAGUUACGAGUGGUUGAACAAGUCUCUCGAGGUUUACGAGCCUAUGCAGCGAGAGUUUGGCCGACUUAAUGUUAGUGGAACCAUUAUGAGCAAGCGAGCUCUCAAGAAGCUGGUCGAGGGUGGAAUUGUUCGUGGCUGGGACGACCCUCGACUGUACACACUGAUUGCUAUCAAGCGCCGAGGUAUUCCUCCUGGUGCUCUUUUGGCCUUCAUCAACGAGCUUGGUGUUACCACAGCCAAGACAAUCAUCCAGAUUGCUCGAUUCGAGCAGACCGUUCGCCGAUACCUCGAGAACACAGUACCAAGACUCAUGCUUGUCCUGGAUCCUGUCCCCAUCGUCAUUGAGGAUUUGGAAGAGACCCAGGAGCUCGAGGUUCCCUACUCACCCAAGGACCCCAAGUUCGGUACACACAAGGUCCGCCUAACCAAGACCGUUUACAUUGACCGCUCCGAUUUCCGAGAGGAGGACAUCAAGGGCUACUUCCGACUUGCCCCUGGAAAGACUGUUGGUCUUCUCAACGCUCCUCACCCUAUCAAGGCCACUUCAUUCGAGAAGGACGAGUCAGGCAAAGUUACCAGCAUUAAGGCCGUGUUCGACAAGGAGAGCAAGCCCAAGACUUACAUCCAGUGGGUGCCUGAGGGCUCCAUCAAGCUGGAAGCCCGAGUGCAUAGCGCUCUGUUCAAGUCUGACGAUCCCACAGCCGCUGAGGGCGGCUUCUUGAACGAUGUCAACCCCAACAGCGAGGUUGUUUAUCCCGAGGCCCUGGUUGAGGAGGGCUUCAAGGAGGUGCGCGAGAGAGCUCCCUGGCCUGUCACCGCUGGUGAGACGAGCGAGGCUAGUGGCCCCGAGAGUGUUCGAUUCCAGGCCAUGCGUGUUGCCUAUUUUGCUAUGGACUCGGAUAGCACAGAUGACAAGAUCGUGCUCAAUCGCAUUGUUUCACUGAAGGAGGAUCGCGAGAAGAACUAGAAAAAGGUGCCAUAAAUAAAGAAUAAGAAAGAAAGGAGUCCACUUUAGAUGACUGACACUUGGUAUCUGCUCUGCUUUGCGACUGAGAUACAGUGGACUUGUGGCUUGAAACAAUAUGUAACAGAAAUGUAUUCAUGACGACGCCGAAAGUUAUGCUUGAUGGGGGAGUGUAGACGAGAGUGGUAGUAAGGUGCGAGAGAUACCUAAACCUAUAGCUAUAGCCGAAGAUGAUUUGUAUUCUAUAUGGACAAUGCAUUGUGCUUGAG